GCCUCCCCGCGCGCCGGGCCGGGGCCGGACCCGGGCUGGAGCGGCCGGGCGGCCCAACCCUAGCAGCCGGAAGGCAGAGCCCGAACGGUGACUUGAACAAGCAUGGUGACUCCUUGUGGCUUCAGUCCCCAUCUUCAUCCGUCCAAAGAGAGCGAUCAAGGAGGCCUGAACUUUCAGGAUGGAAACCUGAUCUCUGCUUCUCUUGAUGCCUUAAUCCAACAUCUUGUCCCGACAGCUGAUUAUUACCCUGAAAAAGCCUACGUCUUCACAUUCCUGCUGAGUGCCAGGCUCUUCAUUGAGCCCCACGAGCUCCUCUCCCGGCUCUGCCACAAGUGCGUUGAGGAGCAGCGGUUGGACGACCCAGUGCUUGAUAAGGCCCGAGUCCGAAAAUUUGGGCCCAAACUCAUUCAGCUGCUAGCAGAAUGGACGGAGACAUUUCCUUAUGAUUUCCAGGAAGAAAAGAUGAUUGGCCACCUGAAGGACUUGAUUGAGCGAAUAGCACCGUGUGACGAGGCGUACUGGAAAAGGAUGAAUCAAGUCUUACAAGCACUGAAUCAGAAACUGGCAGCUCUUAGCCACAGGCAGGAAGGUAUUGUCAAAGUCAAUGCCUCUGUCUCUGACAAGCUUGUUUCUUUUAAAACAAAACCACCCUCAAUUCAGAGAGAAAUCCUGAGUGUCUGCAGUGACCCGUACACACUAGCCCAACAGCUAACACAUGUGGAAUUGGAGAGGCUGGGUCACAUUGGGCCGGAAGAAUUUGUGCAAGCUUUUGGGCGUAAAGACCCUCUCGACAGCACCAAGUCCUGUUUCAGCAAACAGAACAAGACUGGAAACCUGGAAGCCUAUGUGAAGUGGUUUAACAGACUCUGUUACCUCGUAGCAACGGAAAUCUGCAUGCCUGCCAAAAAGAAGCAGAGAGCCCAGGUGGUGGAGUUCUUCAUCGAUGUGGCCCGUGAGUGCUUCAACAUCGGCAACUUCAACUCGCUCAUGGCUAUCAUCUCUGGCAUGAACAUGGCCCCUGUCUCCAGGCUGAAGAAGACUUGGUCCAAAGUGAAGACCGCCAAGUUUUUCAUUCUUGAGCAUCAGAUGGACCCCACUGGCAACUUCUACAACUACCGCACGGCACUGAAAGGGGCGGCCCACCGGUCCCUCACAGCCCACAGCAACAGGGAGAAGAUUGUCAUCCCCUUCUUCAGCCUGCUGAUCAAAGACAUUUACUUUCUGAACGAAGGUUGUGCUAAUCGCCUCCCCAAUGGACAUGUCAACUUUGAAAAAUUUCUGGAGCUGGCCAAGCAGGUUGGAGAAUUUAUAACGUGGAAGCAGGUCGAAUGUCCAUUUGAACAGGAUCACAACAUCAUUCACUACUUACACACUGCUCCCAUCUUUACUGAGGAUGGUCUUUAUCUGGCUUCUUAUGAAAGUGAAAGCCCAGAGAAUCAACUAGAAAAGGAGAGGUGGAAAUCUUUAAGGUCUACUAUUUUGGGAAAGACUUGAGGAUCAAGUGGCAUCCCAGGAGAAGACAGGAAGAAUGCAGCAAAAACAAUUUGCACUACUGAUUCCAAAGAUGCCUGUUUGGGAUUCAGGUGACGAUUUCUUUCUCUUUUUUUUUUCCAACAAACUGCCGAACACACAGAUCGGGAUUAUCUUCCACUACGGACCAAACCCACAGACCGUACGCACGGCCCAUCUCCUUCAACCUGCUUCCUUCCCAGGGAGGGCGGUGGUGGCUCCCACUUGGGGCAGGGCUAAAGCUGUCUCUAGGAUCUUGUUCUCUCAUUUUGGAAGAAAGGAAGCGAGAGGUGCCAUGGUGCUACCCACGACGUUUGAGACGAUGGCGAGGUCUCCACUUGGAAGCCGGAAGCCACGGGGGAGCAUGCCCUCCGGGAGCUGGUCCUAUUCUUGUCUGUUCCUUGACUUGUAAAAUUGAAUCGUAUACUAAUCUGUUCAUUCUUGAACAAGAACUUUCUUCUCCCUUGGCAUUCUCCCAGAAAUGCUAUUUAGACUUCAGCAUCAGGAAACGAGAAUGGGAAAUGGGGAAUCUGUUCGUUUCUUCAUCCUUUAAUCCAGCUUCUCUAUAGCGUGAGUCAAAGCAGAGGCUUAAAUGAGCGUGCGGUGAAGCCUGCCCAGCACACAACUCUCCUGAUGACACCUUAAACCCCUGCUGGUGCAACAAACCGCCCUCAGAUUGGUUUCUUUCCAGUUGAGGUUCAUUCAUUCCCCAAUUCUGCCAACAGGACUGUUUCCUUGGUGACCUGGGAUGGAGUAUAAUCAUGUGAAAGCAUGGGAGAGGUUAAAAUAGAAUGUGUUUAUUACAUAACAAGGAAAUCAACACUAUUGUGAUUCUGUUCCUUGGUGACAGGUCACAUAAAAAAAAGUGAUCUGGGAUGCACUUAAUAGGAAACCCCUGGUAUUUCCACAUUAAAUUAAGAUGUAGAAUUAGCAGCCUAUAAUCCAUAAACAAAGAGUCAUUGUUAUUGUUUGGAUCAUAUUUGCCAUGUUUUAUAAACAAGCUCCAUGUUAUAUAGAUUAACCCAAGAACAAAACCAACCUAAACUUACUUAGGAAAGCCUGCAGAAUUGUUAUGAGAAGGGAUUUGUGGAAGCCAAUAAUACACCCACCAAAUUUAAAAUUCCACGUGAGUGAGAUAAAUUUCUCAUUUUGAACUUAGCAGACCAUCACUCUGCCAGCCUACACAAACAUGGAAAAAUCCUCCAAUCGGAAAUGAUAAGCCUGGGCUCAUGAUCUAAUUCUCCAUAGGCAAACAGAUUUCCUGUUGAGUAGUUAGGCGACAGCUAAAUUCCCUUGAAUUUCGUAAGGUCAAAGAGGUCAUUUUAACAUUUUCCACAUACAUCAGGCCACUCUCUACCAUGGAUCUCCACACCUACAGCCUUCCAGACCUCUUGCCGGGUGUCCCCAGGGUUUAUCACACAGUGGUUGCGUCCCUUCCCUUCUCACUGCUUGGGCCCAUCUGGGCUCUCAGAAACAGUCGAGAUGACAAAGUGCUGAAGCUGUGGACCGUCUGGCGGACUCCAUCAGCACUGCAGACUGUUCUCAUUUCUGGAGGGCUUGAUUGAUUCAUUGAUUGAUUGACUGGCUUCCAGUAAGAUGGGGGCUUGCAUGAGAGAUCCUCACAUGUCAGUCCUCUCUGAAUUAGGGAAGAUUGCAUUAGGGAGGGGGCAAAUCUCCCAUACUGAAAGUCAUAUUCAUUCAUUCAAUCGUAUUUAUUGAGUGCUUACUGUGUAUGCAGAGCACUGUAAUAAACACUUGAGAGAGUACUAUACAGUAAUAGUUGCAUUUUCUUCCCACAAUGAUUUUAGAGGACUGUAACCUCUUCCCUCCGAGGGACAGAAACCUAAUUCCCAACUGUGAAUUCUUUCCCAGUGCUCAGUACAGUGCUCUGCACAUGGUAAGCACUUAAUAAAUAUUAUUAAUGCUACUUUUUUUGGUAUUUGUUAAGAGCUUGUUACGCGCCAGGCACAUCUCAGCUAUCUAAACUCUGAAGAAGAUACAAGCUAAUCAGGUUGGACACAGUCCAUAUCCCACAU